AUGGGAAGUAUUGAAGUUGAAACACCUAUACCCUCGUCUCAACGUGUUGAACCUGGCUCAUUCCAAUUACGACUGGCCAACCUACCUGAAUCUACAGCUGCGAGAUCUAUCGAUGCCACAAAAGUAGCUUCGGACUUCAUUGAUCGUUUCAACCAGAUAGUCGACUCUGUUGACAUUGAAUCUCUCUCUACACUUUUUGUAGAAGAAUCAUACUGGCGCGAUCAAUUAUGUCUUUCCUGGGACUUCCACACUUUACACGGUCCCUCCAAAAUUCUUGAUCUCUUCAACAAAACAAAAGGUUCACGCUUGAAGUCUAUUGCACUUGAUUUAAGCUCAGCAUUUCGAUCUCCCAAAUUAACACCUCUUGAUGUCGAUGGGAAGACAAAUGUUGUGCAGGCUUUCAUCACAGUUGAGACGGAUGUAGGUAAAGGUGCUGGAAUUGCCAGACUAGUACAUGAUCAAGGAACGUGGAAAGUCUUUACACUCUAUACUUUCUUGGAAGAUCUGAAUGGUUAUGAAGAGACUGUAGGGAAAAAGAGACCUUAUGGUGUAAAACAUGGGGAAAAGACAGAGAGGGAGAAUUGGUUGGACAAAAGGAAUAUUGAGAAGGAUUUAGGAAAUGGCAGUGAGCCAACGGUGUUGAUUCUUGGUGCCGGACAAGGUGGCUUAACAAUAGCAGCAAGACUAAAAAUGCUUGGUGUUCAAUCUCUCAUGGUUGAUCGGGAAGAACGAAUCGGAGACAAUUGGCGUACAAGAUAUCAUCAAUUGGUACUUCAUGAUCCUGUUUGGUUUGAUCAUCUUCCAUAUUUACCAUUUCCUGCACAUUGGCCAGUUUUCACACCCAAGGAUAAAUUAGGUGAUUGGUUCGAAGCAUACGUUAGUUUGUUGGAACUGAAUGCUUGGACUCAAACUACUAUUACGAAUACUUCAUGGAGUGACGAAAAGAAAGAAUGGACGGUCACUCUGGAGAGAAUGAGGAAUGGGCAGAAGGAGACAAGGAUUGUUCAUCCGAAGCAUAUAAUACAGGCAACUGGUGCUAGUGGAGAACCAAAUUUCCCUUAUCAUAUCAAAGGAAUCGAUACGUUCAAAGGUCGAGUCAUGCAUUCAUCCAAAUAUCCUGGAGCCACUGAUUCUCGAGGUCAAAACAAAAAGGCAAUCGUGGUUGGCUGUUGUAAUUCUGGUCAUGAUAUUGCUCAAGAUUUAUACGAACAUGGAUACGAAGUUACAAUUGUUCAAAGAUCAACUACAUAUGUCGUUUCCUCGGAGACAAGUGCCGAUUCACAAGCAGAUCUUUAUGGUGAGAAUGGUAUCCCAACUCUUGAUGCCGAUAUGAUCUUUCACAGUAUGCCGUAUCCGGUUCUUAAGAAGUUGAACGUUGAGGGUACAAAGAAGGUCAAUAAGAUUGAUGAGAAAUUACUUCAAGGUCUUGAGAAGGCAGGUUUCAAACUUGAUAAAGGGCCAGAUGAUUCGGGUCUUUGGAUUAAAUAUCUUCAACGUGGUGGUGGAUAUUAUCUUGACGUUGGAUGUUCUCAACUCAUCAUUGAUGGAAAAAUUAAAGUCAAACAAGGUCAAGAAAUUAAGAGUAUUCAGGAAAAUGCCGUGGAAUUCGCAGAUGGAUCGAUAAUGGAAGCGGACGAAAUUAUAUUUGCAACGGGUUACUUGAAUAUGAGAACGCAAUGUCGGAAGAUAUUUGGAGAAGAAGUGGCGGAUAGAGUAAAGGAUGUUUGGGGAUUCGAUGAAGAGGGAGAGGUUAGAACUAUUUGGAGGAAGACUGGUCAUGAGGGAUUUUGGUUCGUGGGUGGGAAUUUGGCUUUGUGUAGAUGGCAGAGUAAGAGGUUGGCAUUGUUGAUUAAGGGAUUAGUGGAGGAUAUUACGAAGUAUGAAGAUAUUUGA